AUACUCAUCACAACUCAUUUCUCUCCUUCCUCGGUCUUUCCUCAGGCCUCAACACACCUCCUUUUUUUCUUCUAUAUAGCUUCUUGUGUGGUGCAUGAACUAGAAGCUUGCUUUGUCCAAGUGUUUGAUUUGAGUUGCUCAGCUAUUAUGGAAUAUUCAAGUACUUUUGAUGUUGAUACUUCUUUGGAUCUCAAUGCCAAGCCUCUUCAGCUCUUCCGCGAUACUCCGAAACAGGAAGUGCAAACCAGUUUCAUUGAUUUUGGAAGGAGGACUUCUGUGAAAGAAGAGAAUAACGGAGCUUUGGUAGAGGAGCUCAAUAGGGUGAACACAGAAAACAAAAAAUUAACCGAAAUGUUAACUGUCAUGUGUGAGAAUUACAACACUCUGAGAAACAAUUUGAUGGAUUACAUGAGCAAGAACCCUGAACCCGCUGCUGAUAAUAACGCGACAAAGAAGAGAAAAAGUGCAGAACGCAGCAGCACGACGACUUCUUGCAUGAUCAAGAACAAUGCUAGCAGUACAAAAAACAAUGACAAUUCAGAGAGUUGUUCAACUGAUGAAGAUCAUAAUUCGACGAAAAAACCAAAAGAAGAACACGUCAAGGCCAAGAUCUCCAGGGUCUACUUCCGAAGUGAAGCAUCUGAUACCACAGGCUUGAUUGUAAAAGAUGGAUAUCAAUGGAGAAAAUACGGCCAGAAAGUUACCAGAGAUAAUCCUUCUCCUCGGGCUUACUUCAAAUGCUCGUAUGCUCCUACUUGUCCCGUAAAAAAGAAGGUUCAGAGGAGUAUCGAUGAUCAAUCUAUACUGGUUGCAACGUACGAAGGGGAGCACAACCAUCCACACCCUGCAAAAGUUGAGGCCAAUGAUUCGAGCUCCAACCGAAGUGCUGCAUUAGCCUCAUUUCCUUGCUCAACUUCGCUCAAUUUAUCAGCACCUGCAGUUACUCUUGACUCCAGAAAAACUAAAUCCAAGCCCUUAAAUGAAGAUGCCAUCAGAAGAUCUAGUUCCACGAAAACCGAUUCUCCAGAGUUCCAACAGUUCUUGGUAGAUCAAAUGGCUUCGAGCUUGACAAAAGACCCGAGUUUCAAAGCAGCACUCGCAGCUGCAAUAUCAGGGAAAAUUCUCCAGCAAAACCAGGCAGCAAAAGAGUAGAUUUCAGUGAGAUUAAAAAAAGAAAAUUUUGGAUUUUAUAGAUUUUUUUUCUUCUUAUUUUAGUUUCAGAGCAUUUAGGAGAAACGGAAAAAGAAAGACCAUUAAUGUAAAUAGCACAUUCCACAAGGUUGAAUAGCUGAAUGCCCAUUUCACA